CCACAUAAACAUCACACUGAAAGCUUCUCUACUUUGGGCCAACAGGAAAUUCCAGUUACUUCAUUCACUGGAGCUGGUUAAGCUGCUGAAAUGAAAUAGAUGCUCGGAGAGAUCACUACCUCAGGACAGAGACUUGAUUUUCAGAGUUGGGGGAGGUUAGACAAAGACGAAUGGGAUGCCGAGUCUCACUACGAGGUCAAGGCUCCCAGAAUUAAAAAGAGCUGGUGGGUAAGAGCACCGGUCAGAGAGGUGAAUGCAGCCCCAACGCUCGCUGAGAUCCUCAGAGAUUUUCACAAACGGAUCCUCCUUAAGUCUCAAGGACUGGAAUCACCGUAAGUCCAUACCUAUGUGGUACCCUGCUUCUCCAACAGACUACCUUUCCCUGACCCUUCUCCCACGACCUCGGCUCCUCCUCUGCCUACAGCGCCCCCGGGGCUCCUCUCAGCCUCCCACACAGACAAACAAGAGGGAAGGAGCGGACAGUGGGACGGGGCCAGCCCAAUUCUCACACUCCAUCAGGGCGCCCACUCCUUCGAGGCGGCCAGGAACCUUCGGAACCCGAGAGCGCCACACGCGCCCGCCACCUGCACGGCCGCCGGGUCUCGGGUCCCGCCGUCCCCACUCGAGAGCCCGACCCUCGCGCUGGGCCGGGGCUCCGGGGUUCCGCGCGGAUGCCCGAGAGCCGGCUCGGGGCCGCCAGGGGGCGGGAGGGAGCAGCAGGCUGGGCGCCUCCCCGCCUCGUUCCCCUCCCCCGAGCCGCUUGCCACUCACGGAUUUUCACUCGGCGGUGGUCGAGGCGCGCGGUGGCGGCGUGCAGGGCGUCGAGGCGGCGGUGCAGCGCUGCGGUGCGGCGGCCCAGGGCGGCCGCCUGUCCCUCGAGCUCGCCGAAGAUGUCCCCGGCGCAGCGCGACAGGUCGGCGAGCUGCUCCAGCAGGCAGACCAGGGCGUGCGAGCUGACCUGCUCCAGCGAGCGGAAGAGCGGCGCGCCCGCCGCCCCGGCCGCCUCCGGCUGGCGCAGCCGCGCGGGCUCCACGGUCCUCUGGUGGAAGGGCAUGGCCGGGCCGGGCGGCGCGGGCGAGCGCGGCACUCAGUCCGGCCCCCGUCGGCGCGGGGCGCCAGUCCGCAUCCAACACAAAGAAAAGUCCGGGCGGCGGCGGGGCGCCGAGAGGGCAGCCGAGAGGCUCCUACCCACCGGGGAGCGGCGAGGCGGGCGGGCGGGACGGACCGACGGGCGGGCGGGCGGCGAGGAGGAGGAGCGGCGGCCGCCCGGGGAGCCGCGGGGAAGGGCUCCGGAGGGUCCGAGCGGCGGCCGCCUGGCGCCCGGCGGCGCCCUUCCAGCCGCCAGGGUUCCCGGGCCGCGCGGCCAAAGGAAGUUCGAGGAGCAGCUCCCGGGCUGGGGGCGCGGCGGGCGAGGCAGCGAGUGGAGACGCGAGUCCCGCUGAAGUUUGCAGGGAGGCAGGAAAGAGCCGGCGGCUCCUUCCCUCCCUCCCGAUUGGAGAGGGAGGAGGAAGCGGGGGAAGUGCCGCCGACACCGGGCGAGAGGGAGGGGAGGCGAAAGAAAGGAAAGGGGGAGGAGAAAAGGGCCGGCCCGGGGAACCACCUGCGGCUCCCGCGGCCGGCGCGCCCAGCGCUCGCGGGGAGGUGGUGGCCCCGCGCCUGGACGCACCCUGGCGGGCCGGGCACGGCCGCCCGGUCCGGGGGUUCCCACGUCGCCGCCCCACUUCCCGUCAAAGCCCCCCCGGCGGUUGGGCAGAGCCCUCGCCCGACCCCCGGCCCCCGUGCGGGGAGGGUUGGGGCGCCGCGGGGCGGAGGCACGGGGGCGGCGGCGGCGGCGAGCCCAGCUCCGGCUGCUCACCUGCGCUUCUGCCUGCGGGGCCCGGGUCAGCGCGCCCCGCUCGCCGGCGACCCCCCGGGGCCUCUGUGGGUCCCCCUAGGCUCUCCCAGUCCCCCUCUGGAAGGCGGCCACGGCUUCCGGGCCGCUUCGGUGGAUCUAAAAGAGGACCUCGUUAAAUCGCCUAGUGGCCAGGGGUUCUGUAGCCGACUAGGAGUGCGCGCGUCCCAACUGGGGGGCGGGGAGGACUCUAAGGACUUCUUUUUGGAGAUGCUUCAAGUGAGUUUUUCUUAGCAAAAUGGCUCCUCCUGUGGCUCUCUCCCCUCCAUCUGGAAGGGUCCUGGAGAAAUGUGCUGAAUCUGGGUUUCUUGCCCCAAGCAUGUGAGAGAGAAAGA